AUGCAGGCUGGGCGCCCAAUGGCGGGCAGGUGAGUCCAGCAGCAGCCACGUGGAGUCCUGCUGCCCGCAGAAGAGGCGCCGGCUGGCGCGGGGCUGCUGCUUUUUCUCCCUCUUCUGUGUGGGAGGCUGGCUGGAAGGAAAGGAAGAAGCCACUUCCUUGCGGGGCGGGGGCUUGGCUCCUUUCCUCGUCCCGUGCUUGCUCCCCCCGAGGAUCUCUGGUCCAGACAGAGGCUGGUUUCAAAACUGGGAUGAUGUUUUCUUAGGGUUCGGGAGGCAAACUUUUUUUCCAUGAGGAUUAAGCCACACUUGGAAUCUACAGAUAGCUGCUCCAAGAAGAUGUCCACACCCACUAAGGAUAUCUGGACCCAUGUCCCAGCAGAACUUCUGGUCCACGUAUUUUCCUACCUGUCUUUUAAAGACAGGCAUGCAGCUUUCCACGUAUGCCAAUCCUGGGCUGUGGCAGUUUCUACCCAUUCAGUCUGGAGUUUUACCGAGAUCAGUUGCAACAAAGAAGAUAUGAAGAACAAGUGCGUGCUGCAAUGCCUACCGCGGUUCCUGCACUAUGUCAAACACCUGAAGAUUGUGCUUGAUCCAUCCCAGGAACUAAACUGGACGCGCACCACUGAUAUUUUAAACACUCUGACUCAGAAGAGCUACAAGUUGCAGGCACUGUCUAUUGUGUUCUGUGGAGACAAUCCUUAUGACAGUUCUUCCCCAAACAUCCUGCAGAACCUCGGCAAACUCUGCCUGUGCGAAAGCAAUAUUAAUCUUGUCUGUAUUGAUUUCCGACAAAUCUCUUUAAUGCUGGACAAUGUGAUGGUCCGACUGAUUGCAAUUUGCUGCCCGAAUCUGCACACCUUGUUAAUUAACAACCACCCCACUGGAGUGAUUCUCCUCAGGUCACAGACCAUCACUGAGGUUCUGAGGGUAUGUCCCAAAUUAUCUGUGUUGGGAGUCUAUCAUGUCAUCCUUUCUGAGGAUGUGUUCCAAGAAUUGUUGAAGCCAAGCAGACGGCCCUUCAGGUUCUUGGACAUCUUCUGUGAGGGCCUGGACCACAACAUCCCUGAAGGAGUUUGGUCUGCUUUGACUGAGAAACACCCACAGCUCCGUGUAGGGUUGGAGUUUGGUCCCAUGGCCCCUGCAUGGAGCAUAUCUUCAGUUUUAAAGCCAAAUAUUCCUGUGACCACUCUGCAAUUUAACACCUUUACAUACAUGGUGAGACAGAUUUGGUACAUUACUGAAAGCUACAGCAGGACUCUGGAGAGGCUGGUCUUUUACUCGGACUCAUCUUAUGACCUCAAUGUCUCUCUCAUAGAGCUGGCAAAGAGAUGUGUGCAUCUGAAAGAGAUUCACUGCUCCUGUGCAGUUAGCCAAGCAGUGAUAGAUGCUUUUCUCUCAUAUUGCCCAGCUCUGAUCCAAUACACUCUGUCAACACGCUAAUCACUGCUGGCAGUGAAAACAAUACAGAGGUGAAAUAGUCUUGUUUCUGCUGUUCCAGAGCCUAUGGACACAAACAGUAACCAGGGCAGAAGAUUGAGAAGUGCUGAAACUCAAAACCUGUUAUCUGACUUGGAGCUGAAGACUCUUAAUUGAACUUUACAGGGCAGUAUUUGGGUCCCUUUGCUCUGGAGACAACUGGUUAAAACUAUUUUAUGAAGCUAUGCAUUUUAAUAAUUUUAAUGACUGCUGAUUUUAAACUUAUAAUUCACAAUAAAGAUCUGCAUAUAAAAUUUUACAA